GACGUCGCCGAGAAGUGCAAGUCCCUGGGAAUCACCGCCCUGCACAUCAAGCUGCGUGCCACCGGUGGUAACCGCACCAAGACCCCAGGACCCGGUGCCCAGUCCGCCCUGCGCGCUCUGGCCCGUUCGUCGAUGAAGAUUGGCCGCAUCGAGGAUGUCACCCCGAUCCCAUCGGAUUCCACCCGCCGGAAGGGAGGUCGCCGCGGUCGUCGUCUGUAGGGCGCUUCUUCCUGUGGGCGUUUCGUUUGUUGUGGAGUUUCGCUACCGUCAACUGCUGCUGCCGCUGCAGGAUAAGAAUUCCAA